AUGUCAGACGAUCUCAGGAAAAGGUUUGAAUUUCCAAAUUCUCUUAUCCAGUCACAGGCUGUUGGUCAUCUUAUUGCUGCAGUUCUAAAAGAAAAUGGUUAUUCAGAAAAGAUCCACCAAUCAACAAGCCAGACUCCGGCUUUGAACUUGCUGUGGGAGAAGUGUUGCAGCGACAAUGGGGUGGUUCGGACAGCCUGCUGUGAGGGCUUGGUGGCUCUUGUUGCUCAGGACCAUGCAGAGUUCAGCUAUGUCCUCAAUGGGAUCCUCAACCUGAUUCCCUCUACCAGGAAUACCCAUGGUUUGAUAAAAACCAUUGUGAAAUUAUUACAGAUGCAAGCUGUAAAAGAAGGACAAGGUGGGGAGAAGAGGGUUCAGGAUCUGUACACUAUUAGAACUCAUCCUCAGCCUUUGAUCACUGUGCUUGAACACAGGCCUGACUGUUGGCCAGUCCUUCUGCAGCAACUGACAGCUUUUUUCCAGCAGUGCCCUGAAAGGUCAGAGAUUCCAUGUAUCCAAAUAAUGGCUCCAUUUCUGUGGUAUCUGUAUUGUGAACCAUCUCAAAUGCAAGAAUAUGAUAAACUUAGACUAGCCCUACUAAAAGUCUUACUUCAGCGCCAAACUCUUCAUGACAAAGAACACCCAGCGGUUUUGGAACAGCACAUACUUCAGCUAUGUUGUGACAUGAUCCCAUGUUUGCAGACUAAAGAUUUGGUACAGACAACAGAAGUGAUGCUGUUUAUUGAGGAAGUAUAUUUAAGCCUGUUGCGUCAUCCUGUCUUCUGGAAAACUCAGCUUAUUCAGAUGACCCUUCAACUGCUUUGUGUCUGUGAAGUCAGCUUGAAGACAACUGGAGAAUGCUCGUCUUCAAUUCACCUUUUAGAGCGUGGUGUUGAACUUCUGAAGGAGGACUUUCCUGUUGAACUGGUCAUUAUUGGAAUAGCUUCUCUUCUCCUGCAGACUCCAGCAAGUCAACAAAAGCCAAUCUUAAGUCUAGCUUUGAAGCUCUUCUCUUUUCCUGAAGACCAGAAAAUCCCAAAGUCAUCCCUGCUGCUAGUCAUGCCAGUUCUUCAGAUUUUAUCUUCUACCGCCUUGGAAGACUGUAUAUUUGUGGAUGAAGAAGGUCCCUCCAGGCAACAGUUGGCCCUAAACCUUUUGGAAAAGGUCCAGCAAGAGUGUUACAGAGAUGACAACCAACAGCUCUCCUACAAGCUUGUGUUCCCCAUAACCAGCAUGUAUGGUUCAGUAUUUACAGCCUGGAGGAUCUUUGAAGUAAUGAGAGAAGGGUCUGCAGCCCGUGACUGGCUGGCUUCGGUGGAGUCACUGCUUCCUAUUACUACAGUGAUCCCUGUGCAUGUGUGUCUUUUGCUGGCUUAUCUCCUUGUGGAAGAUUCUGGACAGAAUCUUCGCCAAAUCCUGAAGGUCACUACAGAACUAGCUCAAGCAGAUUCAUCUCAGGUUCCAAAUCUGAUUCCAGUUUUAAUGUUCAAAUUAGGAAGACCACUGGAACCUGUGUUAUACAAUGAAAUCUUGUAUACUUUACCUACUCUUGGCAUUCACAAGGUGUGCAUAGGACAGAUUCUGCGAGUAAUCCAGCUGCUCGGAACCACUCCACAGCUAAGGGCUGUCACUUUGCGUCUUUUGACAUCUUUAUGGGAAAAGCAAGAUCGUGUCUAUCCCGAGCUGCAGCGUUGCAUGGCCAUGUCUGACGCACCUUCUCUGUCUGUGGGCAAGGAAGUCCAGUGGGAGAAAGUGAUCGCAAAAGCAGCAUCUAUCAGAGACAUUUGUAAGCAAAGACCAUACCAGCACGGGGCAGACAUGUUGGCUGCGAUUUCUCAGGUGCUGAAUGAAUGCACCAAACCAGAUCAGGCGACUCCAGCAGCCUUGGUGCUCCAGGGACUUCAUGCACUCUGCCAAGCUGAGGUUGUUUGCAUUCGCUCUACUUGGAAUGCUCUCUCCCCAAAGCUGAGCUGUGACACGAGACCUCUCAUUUUAAAGACCCUCAGCGAACUGUUUUCUCUGGUUCCUUCUUUAACGGUAAAUACAGCUGAAUAUGAGAAUUUCAAAGUUCAAGUUCUCAGCUUCCUCUGGAAUCAUUCUCAGAACAAGGACCCAGUUGUAGCAAAAGCCGCAUAUAAAUCUCUUUCGUGCUUCAGUGCAGGGGACCACACCAUUCUUCAUCUGCCGGAAAAGGUAAGACCAGAAAUUCCCGUUCCUGAUGACCUAGAUGAAGAUGCUGAUGAUGAGGGUGAUGAAAAGGAGGUGGACCUUUCAGUUCCUGGCUCUUGUUACCUCAAACUGUUGUCACUGACUUUGCCUUCAGUUUUACCAGCUUUGGAGGAAUUUUUCACCUCGCUUGUAAAACAAGAAAUGGUGAACAUGCCGCGUGGAGUGUAUCACUCUGCGUUAAAAGCAGGGAUCCGUUCAGAUCAAGGCAAAACUGUCGCAGGAAUCCCCAACUUUAUGUUGAAAAUGUAUGAGACAAACAAACAGCCAGGAUUGAAACCUGGCCUUGCAGGUGGGAUGUUAUUUUGUUACGAUAUUUCAUCGUAUCAGAGUAAAGAUGGCAAACCAUUGAACCGAUUGAUGGCCAGUAGAGGGCGAAGUUUCAAGCAGACAUCACUUGCUCUUGUACAUGAGGUUCACAUUCAGCUCUCCGAGUGGCACCGCGCUGUAUUUCUCCCACAGGCCUGGCUUGCUUAUAUGAAUCGAGCAUAUCAUGCCGUCUUACAGGGAAGAAUAGGGGAGCUGGAGUUACAGCUAAAACAUGGAAAAGAAGGACCGGAUGAGGUGCAGUACAAGCAAAGCACAGCCUGGCUCUGGGUCAGAGACAUGCUGACUGAUGAGAUCACCAAAGCAGCUGCAAAGGACAGCCCAGUGGUCAAAGGGAAUGCGCUGUUAGCCUUAAGCAGCCUUGCUGUUGUCGUGUCCAAGCACGAAGCCAGCCUCUCCUCUGAAUUGGAAGGGGCUCUGGAGAUUCAACCUAAUUUUCUUUCAAUGAAAGAGUGGGUUUCCAUGGUGCUUGAUACCCUCCUGGUCAUCGUAGAUAGUCGUUACCAACCAGAAGGACAGCUCCUCUCCUGGUUUUAUUAUAAAUCCUAUUCCGGAGAAAACACAGCGAGUGCCAUCGCCCGUUCUGCCGCCGCCACGGCUUUGUCUCUCCUUGUGCCAGUUUUCAUUAUCUCUCGCAAAGAGAAGGUUGAGGAAAUCCUGAACAUGCUGACUGCCAGGUUACCUGGGAAACCGUGUGCUGACGAGCCUCAAACCGUGCAAAUCCACAUGGGCCUUGCCUUGGGGAUGUUUCUCUCUCGCUUGUGUGAGGAGAAACUCAGUGAUAUAUCUGGCCAGCAGAUGAACCUGCUUCUGAUGAAGUCUUUGGAUGCUCUGGAAAACUGCUGCUUCGACACCAGUCUUGAAUAUAACACGGGCUGUAUCCUGGGAGUUGGACUUGUUCUCUCUCUCAUGAGCCACAGCAGCCAAAUAGAGUCGCGCGUGCAUGUGGCAGCGUCACUUCGAAAGCUCUCUACGCACCUCGAUGACAGCGGGAGCCAGAGCAGGACAUUUCAGGAGGUCCUUGCCUAUACCCUUAGCUGUGUCUGUACGUCCGCAUUCAGUGCUGGGAUUCUCGAGGCUGAGGAAGCUGAAGAUACUAUGAACAAACUUCGACUGUUGGUAGAAAACAACCAGCAGACUUCAGGCUUUGCUCUGGCCCUUGGAAACAUCGUUCAUGGUUUGUCCGUGUGUGGUCAUGGAAAAGCUGAAGACUUGGGCAACAAACUGCUUCCAGCCUGGAUCAAAAUUGUCCUCUCAGAGGGCACUCCCACGAUGCUUUGUCUCGCUGCACUUCAUGGCAUGGUGGCUUUAGUGGGCUCUGAAGGGGAUGUCAUACAGCUGAAGUCAGAAGCCAUGCAAACUUCUCAGUUUCAAAGUCGUCUUAAUGAAGUCAUCCGAACUUUAACUCAGGUAAUCAGUGUCUCUGGGGUGAUUGGUCUUCAGUCAAAUGCAAUCUGGCUCCUAGGACAUCUUCAUUUAUCUGCUCUGUCUUCAAAUCAAAGUAGAACCUCUGUUCCGACUGACUAUAGCUAUUUGCCUGAAAGCAGUUUUAUUAGAGCAGCCAUUGGCUUCUUCGUUACAGGAGGAAAAAAAGGUCCAGAGUCUGUACCUCCUCCCCUCCUUAAAGUGGUGAUGAAGCCCAUAGCAUCUAUUGGGGAAAACUACCAGUACCCUCCUGUGAACUGGGGUUCUCUUCUCUCUCCACUGAUGAGACUAAACUUUGGUGAAGAGAUCCAACAGUUGUGCCUUGAAAUCAUGGUGACCCAGGCACAGUCAUCCCAGAAUGCAGCUGCGCUGCUGGGCUUAUGGGUGAUGCCCCCACUAAUCCAUGGCUUGAGCCGGAAUAUUAAGAAGUAUCUCCUGGUGUCUGCACCCCUCUGGAUAAAACAUGUGUCUGACGAGCAGAUCCUGGCUUUUGUUGAAAACUUAAUGGUGGCAGUUUUUCAAGCCACCUCCCCACUUUCGGAUGCUGAGCUCUGCCAGAGUGCCUUGCAAGGUCUGAGCCAGGCCAUGAAGCUGCCCAGCCCUACCCACCACCUCUGGAGCCUGCUCUACGACGCUGCCGGGAAGAUUUUCGAGCUGCUGCCAAAUAAGAUUCGGAGAAGUGACAUAGAGCUGUAUAUCACUGUAGCAAAGUGCCUUUCAGAAAUAACAGAUGAUGAUGCCAAUCGAGUUACCCGUAUUACUAAGAGCAACAUCGAGAAGGCUGCCUUCGUGAAGCUGUACCUGAUCUCCCAAGGGCGGUUCCCCCUGAUGCACUUGACCGAUGUGCUCGGUGCUGCCGUGCAGCACUCAGAGAGGCAGACACUGGCCUGGAUGAUGCUGCACAGCUUCUACCAGGCGCGGAUCGGAAGCCACGCCAACACAGGCGUGUUGAAGAGGAUGGAGUGGCUCUUGGAAAUGAUGGGCUAUAUUAGAAAUGUUGCUUACCAGUCGACAUCAGUGCAGAAUGUGGCCCUUGAUGAGGCUCUGGACUUCUUGCUGCUGAUAUUUGCCGCGGCAGUGGUAACAUGGGCUGACCACGCGGCCCCUCUCCUCCUCGGCCUCAGUGCCAGCUGGUUGCCAUGGCAUUUUGGCUCUGCUGAGUCAGCACCCAGCUUCCUUGGCAGGAGUCCUGUGCACAGGGUCACACUGGAGGAAACUUUAACCCUCCUUCCCAGUAGCCUGCUCCUUCUCCUGCAGAAGGAGCCGUGGAAAGAGCAGACUCAAAAGUUCAUUGACUGGCUGUUCAACAUCAUGGAAGCCCCCAAAGAAGCUCUUUCAGCAAAAUCCCGGGAUCUGUUAAAAGGCUCCCUCCUGGCCUUGCGAGUUCUCCCGGAGUUCAGGAAGAAAGCUGUAUGGACCAGAGCUUAUGGCUGGUGA